AUGGAGCCAAAGCACAAAGAGUUGCUCGACCAGUGCCACCAGAACUUACUCGAAUCUAUCACCGACGCCGAUCGGUUAAUCGAGUUGCUCAUAGUCUCCGGGACCCUGAGCCAACUGGAUCGGUUCGAGUUGGACCAGAACUGCACGUCCAGCGCGGAGAAAGUGGAGCACCUCUUGAAGAUGCUGGUGAACAAGGAGAGCGAUCAUUUCUCUGACCUGUGCCUGGCUUUGGAGAAGGCGUACCCCGAUCUGCACUCUGCCCUGUUCAGAAGCAACGGUGGACCUGUAGAUCACUCCACUGGCUCGACAUACAGCGUGCUCUCCACAAUGCCUUCGGACUCGGAAAGCAGCAGCUCGCUCAGUAGUGUCGGCUCGCCCGUUAACGGUGAAGCUUCCUCCCCUCCUCCCGCCAUGAACGACAACAGGCCGCCUCCCGACAGCCUGGACACCAUCCUGGGGCAGCUGCGGCAGGUGACCCGCGAGAGGGACGAGCUCCGCAAGAGGCUGGCCCUGGCCUCUCCUGGGACCACCUUCGACGACUGCAGACCAAAUUUCAAGCCCAGCCACGACUACGAGCGCCUGAAGAGCCAGUGUAUGAGAGCCAUGGCCGACCUGCAGUCCCUACAGAACCAGCACACAAAAACACUCAAGAGAUGUGAGGAGGCCGUCAAAGAGGCAGACUUCUACCACAUGCUGCACAGCCGGGUCCUGGGGGAGCAGUCACAGCUGAAGGAGGAGGUGGAGAGUGUGCGGAGGGACAACACUGCACUGGUCCGAGAGCACAACCACGUGAAGCAGAGCUGCGAGGAGCUCAAGAGACUGCACACCCAGGACCAGAAGGAGCUGGCCGACCUGCGCCAACAGCAGCAGCAGGUGAUGCGGGAAAACGGCUCGUCGGAGGUGCUGAACAAGCUGUACGACACAGCCAUGGACAAGCUGGAGGGCGUGAAGAAAGACUACGACGUCCUCAGCAAGCGCUACAGCGAGAAGGUGGCCAACCACAACACGGACCUGUCCCGUCUGGAGCAGCUGGAGGAGGAGAACCGGCGGCUGCAGAAGCAGACCGACGCACUGUUGCUCCAGAGAGACUCGGCCAUGCACUACCAGCAGCAGUACUCCACGUCCAUGAGGAGGUUUGAUUCAGUGCAGCAGGAACUGAACAAGUCGGCGUCCCAGAACAAGGAGCUGCAGCGGGAGAUGGAGCGGCUGCAGUCUGAAGUCACGCGAUACAAGAACUCGCAGCUUAAAUCAGCCAAGGACUGCGAGAAGUACAAGGAGGAGAGGGAUUCUGUGUUCAAUGAGUACCGUCUCAUCAUGAGCGAGAGGGACCAAGUCAUCAAGGAGCUGGACAAACUACAGACGGAGCUAGAGUCUGCGGAGGCCCGGCUCAAGAACACCUCCUCUGAGAGAGUGGUGGCCAGCGAGGAGCUCGAAGCUCUCAGACAGGAACUGAACUCUUCGCUGGUGGACCGCGACCGGGCCAUCUGCGAGAGAAACGAGCUGCUGGAGAAGUACUGCCACGAGGUGAAGGACAAGGCGGAGGCACAGAAGGAGUUGUCCCAGGCCUGUAAGGACAUCGAGAUGGUGAGGGAGGAGAGGGACGUGGCCCGCAAAGAGAGGACAGAAGCCAUCAUCCAGAGGGACCAGCUGCUGCGAGAGUAUUACCAGGCCCGACAGAAACAAGACUCUGCCACGUUAGACAUGGAGAGAGCCAACAAAGAGAUCGAGAUGUUGAGGAAGCAGUACGAGGCCAUGUCCCAGGAGCUGAAGGAGGCGGCGCAGGAGGCCGAGGUGGCAAAGUGCAGGCGGGACUGGGCCUUUCAGGAACGGGACAAGAUCGUGGCCGAGAGGGAGAGCAUACGUACACUGUGCGACAACCUGCGGAGAGAGCGCGACCGCGCCGUGAGCGAUCUGGCCGACGCACUCCGGAAUCUGGACGACAUGAGGAAACAGAGGAACGAUGCACUGAGAGAAAUGAAGGAAUUAAAAGAGAAGAUGGACAGCACUCUGGUUCAGGAGGCUCGCUUUUGUCAACUCAUGGCUCACAGCUCACACGACUCUGCCAUCGACACAGACUCCCUGGAGUGGGAGACGGAGGUGGUGGAGUUCGAGAAGGACCGGGAGGACAUGGAUUUGAAGGCUCUUGGGUUCGACAUCGCAGAAGGAGUAAAUGAUCCAUAUUUACCAGGAGACACCGGGAUAUUCGUGACACGGGUGGACAGAGGAAGUAUCGCAGAUGGAAGGUUACGAGUGAAUGAUUGGCUGCUGAAGAUUAACGACGUGGACCUGGCCAAUAAGGACAGGAAGCAGGUGCUGAAGGCGGUACUUAAUGGCGGGGGAUUGAUCAACAUGGUCGUUCGGAGGAGGAAGUCUCUGGGCGGGAGGCUCGUCACUCCUGUUCACAUCAAUCUAACGGGACACAAAGACUGUGGAAUCGGUCUGGAGAGCGGCUUGUUCGUCACUGCCGUCGUCCAGGGCAGCCCUGCAGCCAGAGAAGGCUCCCUGACUGUGGGGGACCGACUGAUCGCUAUAAACGGCAUCGCUCUGGACAACAAAUCUGUGACGGAGUGCGAGACGCUGCUGAGGAGCUGCCGGGACUCGCUCAGCCUCUCUCUCAUGAAGUUUUUCCCACACAGCACGUCAGGCCAAAACCUCUUUGAGAGCUUACGCGACGACAAGUCCAACGGCCGCCUCGCUCUGUCAGAGCUGCACGCCCGCAACAGCCGCAACCUCCGGCACAACAGCUCCACGCAGACAGACAUCUACAGCUGCGACCCGGGCGACAGAAGAAGCACGCGGCCCGACGACGUCUACGGAGACCUGGGCAAACCCUUCUCCACCAGCUCGCUCCACGCCACCAGCUCGCUCCACGCCACCAGUCUGCGCCCGGCCUCCGAGCUGGGUGGCCGCUACGGACCCAGUGCCUUCAAGGAGUGCUGCAAGUACUCCAAAGCGCCUUCCUCGCUGCCGUAUGACCCGGUGUCCGCACCAGACUGUAUGGAGAUGGAGAAGAAGCAUUCCGGCGGCACCUGGCCCAAAAUGGUGGCAGGCGGGAUGAGCGUAGCACCGGAGAGCACCAGUCCCAUCACAGCAACUGCCCAGCUCUCCAUUUACAAAUCGCCCAAGCAGAGAAAGUCCAUAUUCGACCCGGAUACGUUUAAGAAGCCGGAGAGUCUAGCCAAAAUGGAAUACAUGGCGGCCAAUCAGAUCGCAGCCGUCGUAGCCUCGCACUCCCCGCAGCCGUCCAAAGCAGACUCCUUCUCCUCCUCUUCCACCGCGACUCCGCCCACGCCCCCCACGCGCUCAGACUCCUUCAAGUUUAAACACAAGCACCAGAGCAGCUCCGCCUCCGACUGCACGGUCACGUCCGAGGGCAAGGGGGAGCCGGCGUCUGCGGCAGAGAGGGACCGCAACGGGAACCACUACUUCCUGGAGGGCAAGGUGCUGACGUCGCGGAAGUCGUGCGACGAGGACAUAGGGCGCUCCAGGGGGGAUGAGCCGGAGGUGAAGAGACCGCGCCCCAAAUCGGCCCCCGCGCUCCGACGCAGGAUGACGCCGCAGACCAUCACGCUGCCUGCUUUCCAGAGCUACUCCACAGAAGAAUCGUCAGAGCCCAGAGAACUGCGCUCGUCUCCCAGUCGCUCCCAUCGCCACAGUGUGGGCUUUGUGCCCACGCUCUUCAAUGGCUCCUUGCCUCCCAACUCGGUCCACCGCGGCCUGUCCCCGUGCCCUGCUGUGACUGCUGUGAUGAGGAACCCCGUGUACACAGUCCGCAGUCACAGAGUCCACACCAGCAACAGUCCCUCUGUGGCCUCGCAGAUCUGCCAACAGCACGCACCCACCAGCCCGCAGCACCAGGGCCGCCUGAGCCUGGACCUGACGCAGCAGAAGUGCGGCGGGGACUUCUCAGAGCCGGCGUUGUCGCGCAGCAGCAGAGCCUCUCACGGUACAAACUCCCUGCCCUCCUGUGCACGCCUCGGUUCUGCAAGUACAGCCCAGUAUCGCACAGAGAGGAUCAAGAUCCCCUCCACGCCCCGCUACCCCCGCUCCGUGCUGGGCUCCGACAGAGAGUGUAGCAGCCCCAGUCUUAUCACACCUCCACAAUCACCACUCAACCUGGAAACGUCCUCGUUUGUCAGCAGCCAAUCACAGGGCUCCAUCUCCACCCUACCUCGCAUCUCUGUCAGCCCUCUGCCAAUGGGAGAGCGCAGAAAGGACAGGCCGUACUUGGAGGAGCCACGUAACGUCAUUGUUCACAAAGGCGCAGAACCUCUGGGCAUCUCCAUAGUGAGCGGAGAGAACGGAGGCAUCUUUGUGUCCAAGGUCACAGGUGGGAGCAUCGCCCACCAGGCCGGACUGGAGUACGGGGACCAGCUGCUGGAGUUUAACGGCAUCAACCUGCGCAAUGCCACGGAGCAGCAGGCACGUCUGAUCAUCGGCCAACAGUGCGACACCAUCACCAUCAUGGCCCAGUACAACCCACACAUGUACCAGCUGGGAAACCACUCCAGGUCCAGUUCUCGUCUCGAGCCGGUGAGCACUCAGUCAACCCCACAGGGCAGCGGACCUGCCACUCCAGACAAUCACUCCACCAUCGACACUCUGAGCGAGCAGGACGAGGGCACCCUCACCCCGUCCUCCAAGCAGACCAGCCCCAGCACCAGCCCCCACACUCUGCUCAGGAUGGCCUCUGAGGGCAGCAAGAAGGCAGCGGAUGCACGCCUGGUCACUGUGCGCAGGGCUGGGGUGGAGGUGGGGGUCACACUGUGCGGAGGGAACCUUCACGGAGUUUACAUCCACAGCCUGGAGGAGGACAGUCCAGCGAGGGGACCAGAUGGACUGCUGUCUGGAGACCUCAUCCUGGAGUACAACGCGGUGAAUAUGAAGAACAAGACGGCGGAGGAGGUGUAUGUGGAGAUGUUGAAGCCAGCAGAGACAGUCACGCUCAAGGUCCAGCACCGGCCGGACGACUUCAACGCCGUGAAGGAGCUGCCUGGAGACGGCUUUUAUAUACGAGCACUUUACGAGCGGCUGGGGGAGGCUGAGGGAGACCUGAGCUUCAAGAAGGACGACAUCCUGUUUGUGGACGAGUCGUUGCCCAAGGGCAGCUUCGGCACGUGGAUGGCCUGGCAGCUGGACGAGAACGCACAGAAGAUCCAGAGGGGCCAGAUCCCCAGCAAAUACAUGAUGGACCAGGAGUUUUACCGGCGCCACAGCGUCACGGACAUGAAGGAGGACUCCGGGAAAACCCUGUCGGCGGCCGCUCGCAGGUCUUUCUUCAGGAGGAAGCAGAAACACAAACGCAGCAGCUCCAAAGACGGCAAAGACGCGGUGGCCCUGGACGCCAUCAGCACAGACUCCAUCCCCUUCUUCGACGACUGCGUGAGCCUGGCGUACCAGCGGGUGCAGAAGAUCGAGUGCACCUCCCCCAGACCCGUGCUGGUCCUGGGGCCGCUCACUGACCCGGUUAAAGACAUGCUGGUCAAAGAGUCUCCGGGGAAGUUCUUCAGAUGUGUCCUGGAGGUCAUGAAGGCCUCCCAACAGGCCAUCGAGCGCGGCGUGAAGGACAGCCUCUUCAUCGACUACAAGCGCAGGAGCGGCCAUUUUGACGUGACCACCGUGGCAUCUAUAAAGGAGAUCACGGAGAAGGGCUGCCACUGCCUGCUCGACAUCGCUCCUCACGCCAUCGAGAGGCUGCACAGCGUCCACAUCUAUCCCAUCGUGGUGUUCGUGCGCUACAAGAACGCCAAGCAGAUCAAGGAGCAGAAGGAUCCCAUCUACCUGCGGGACAAAGUUUCUCAAAAACAUUCCAAGGAGCAGUUUGAAAGUGCGCAGAAGAUUGAGCAGGACUACAGCAAAUUCUUCACAGGUAUUGUCCAAGGCGGCGCUCUCCCGUACAUUUGCACUCAGAUCAUGACCAUAGUUGAUCAAGAACAAAUACUCGCUGUGUGUCAUUACGAAGCAUUGCAGGAGGCUGCGGCGCGGAGCCCUCUCUGA